CUAGUUUUGUUUCCGCUGAAUUAUUUACUUCCGGGAAAGUAUUUCGGAAAGUAAAAACAUAACUUUUCACCUGUAUAUGGCUAACAACAGAUCACAUGAAUUCAUCUGCGAUUGAUGAUGUAACUGACAUUAAUGGUUUGUCCAUGGUGUGAAGUCAGGAUGAAAUAUGGCUGAUCGAUCUAGGGAAAUUCUGAGAGAAAACUGGAAAACUUUGCCAUACUUUCAUGAAAACUUCAAGUCAACUGAUGAUGUUUCCCAUUUUAUAAAGAAGAAGUCAAAGGGUAAACCAGGAUCCUUCUUGCUGAGACCUAGCAACAGAAAUAGGGAUCUUCUAACUGCCUCUGUUUUGGUACCUGACCACAGUGUACGGCAUACCCACAUACAGAUAGAGGAGGAUGGUUCUCGAUCAGGAUGGAGAUAUUUCCUUGUCGUGGAAAAGAAGUUUGAAAGCAUCGACCAGUUAGUGAAUUACUAUAGGCAACACCCUGUGAAAAAUCUAGAAAAUGUAAACAACGUGUACUUUCAGAAUCCUAUUUAUAGAUCUGAUGUAAACGCCAAUUUAUACACAGAACAAAAUGGGUCCAGCGGAGGAAGAUUUAUACCAAACCGGGCUUUAAGUGUGUCAAGUUUGAGUAUAAGUAGUCGGAACUCUGACCGAUCCGUUGACAGUAUGAAUAGCAUUCCUCCUCCUUUACCAGUACGACCAAUUGGUCGAACUCAGAGUAUGGACACUAGCUCAGGUACAUGGGGAUCAAACAGUUCACAAGUGAAUAGCCUACCUUGUAAUGACAUUGGAAGUAGACCACCAUUGCCACUUCCAGAAACUUCAGCAAAGAAAGAUGAAGGUGGGGCGUACGGUUACUCUAGAGCUAGAGAUGUCACUGAAGACAUAUCCGAAAAACUUAAAGACGUGUUAAAAUCAAGUGAACGUUGUGAAUGCGGCAUUCCUAGAAACCUAGCAGAAUUACCCAUGGGCUGGACUGUACAUCUAAGCAAAGACCCUCUAACCCGUGGAAAACUUUUCUAUCAAAGUGAGGAUGGAGUUACGUCUUGGCAGCUACCGCAGCAAGUAGAAAUGCAGCUAACUAAGGUUCACAUAUCAAAUUUACGUCAAAUUGACCAAAAUUGGAAUGUUCGAAGGCAAAGUGGUACUUCACUUAGCAAAUUGACUUAAUACUGGUACGAUAAAGGUCUGUGAUUUAAUAAUACAUGUUAUAGUGUACUGUAGGUCAACCCAAUUUAUGUUUGUUGCUAUACUUAUUAGACAGCAAGUGAAAUGUGAAUUAUUGUAAAUUAUAAAUAUUUAGAAAAAAACUUUUUCAGAGGUCCUUAAACUUCAACAGCUAAAAGUGAAGAUUAUUGUAUAAAAACUUUUAACUGAACUUGCUUCAUUCAUAUUAUUGCAUCAUUUAAGAUUAGUUGGAAAUUGAAAUGGUAUUUGCUUUCUGUAAAAUAAUAUACUAGAAACUGAAGCAGAAGCCUUUGGGUACUUGUAGAAAUAAUUUUCUUGAAUUAAUACUUAAAACCAGUUAUACAAUAGCUGUAAGCUUUGUAUCUAAUCUGAGCAAUAUUUACUUAACCAGUCAGUAAUUUUUAGUUUGAAAGAUCUUUCAUGAAUUACAUUGGGAGUGUAGUUAUAGAAUGGCAUUUACAUGUAUGGAUGGUAUAUCUGUUUUUAUCCUGUCACUUGCAGUAUUUUCGACCCGAUAUCAGGGUGCCGUAUAUCUUUUUUGAUAUACCGUCAGUUGAUCAUGUGACCAGUGAUAUACGGUCAGUUGAUCAUGUGACCUUAUGAUCGAUAUUGUUGUCAUAAGAAAUUUUGCAACGAAACCAUCAUCAUUGUGUUGGAAAUGUCCGAACUAAGAAAAUGAGUGGUCAAAUAAUGAGUUUUUAUUCAAAAACGAAGAAGUUAUUGCGAUUUUGCCGGUAAUCACGUCAUUAUAUAAGUGACGUCAUUACGAAUAUGACGUCAUUAAAGCGGUUGUCGCACACUUUUUUUGUAAAAAAAAUUGCCAAAUAUCGGAAAAUGAAGUAAUGACAAGAUAAAUAGAAUAAUAGGUUAGUGCCUAAGAUGGAGAAAGUUUAUCUGGCUCGGCUCCGGACGUUAUCAGGUUCGCCUUAGGCUCACCCGAUAACCUCCUCCACCUCGCCAGAUAAACUUUCUCAUCUACGGCACUAACCUAUUAUUCUCUAUAACAGAUGGUUCAGGUUAGGACAGCUUACAGUUUAUGUAUUAGAUAUGAGGGUCAUCAUGUCAAAAGUUUUUUUACUAAAAUUUUAGUUAAGUUAGUCGAAAACCAGUAUUUCACCUCACUAAUGUAAAACAAAUGUAAAACUACAAGAAAAUUGGGGCAAAGCCAUUGAAAGGUCAGCUAACAUUUUGUAGAAAUGCUAACAUUUUGUAGAAAUGCUAACAUUUUGUUAUGUGCAGAAUUCUUAUGUCAGGUAAUACUUUUAAACUUUGACACCUCUGAAUUAAAUCUGAAUAAUUGUUAUUGACCCUUUAUGAGGCCAUGAUUGAAAUGAAAUGGAAUUUUGUUUUUACCCUAUGAAAUGGUAUUAACUGGUACAAAAUGUUAGGAAGUAAUGGACAUGUUGUUAGACAGGUGUUCUGCCCACAAGAUGAUAUGAGCCGUGCCGUGAGAAAACCAACAUAGUGGCUUUGCGACCAGCAUGGAUCCAGACCAGCCUGCGCAUCCGUGCAGUCUGGUCAGGAUCCAUGCUGUUCCCUAACAGUAUCUGUAAUUCUUAUAGACUUUGAAGCGAACAGCAUGGAUCCUGACCAGACUGUAUGGAUGCGCAGGCUGGUCUGGAUCCAUGCUGGUUGCAAAGCCACUUUGUUGAUUUUCUCAUGGCACGGCUCAUAUGCACCAGUGUGAGAGAAUUACAUGUAUUUAUAUUUCGCUGAUUUUUGCUCAAGCAUUGUGUUACUCUCCAGUAUUUGCACUGCUCACUAUAAAAUGCUCCUGUUUGCAAAUUGUGUAUAUAAAUGGGUCAAAAGGCCCCCAAAUCAAAAUAUAUAUUGUAAAAUUUACUUUGCAAUCAUAUGAAAUAGAUUCAGUUCUGUAUUUGUAAACUCAGUUUACUCUGUAUGGAGCAGACACUGUUGAGAAGAAUGAAAAUACUUUUGAUUUGACACAGGUUGUUGCUGUGGGGUGUAAAGAAAAAGAAGUCAGGGUUGGUAUUAAAGUGGGAAAUACUGGUAAUUCCUUGGAAGUACUGGAAAUAUGAGCAAGACCAAAGUUUUAUUCUUCAGAAUCAGAUGUAGUUAUGACCGGUAAAUAUCAGUAUGAAUUACGCCCCCCUGGAAAAUACUUGCAAACCCUGAAAGAAACUUGUUCAGUUAGGGAAAAAAACAUUUGUCUUUAUAUGAUGGUAUAUGCUUUUCAGAAGAGUUUUUAACAUAAGGUAUGAUAUCAUAAUGAAAUACUGCUUAUGUGCUAUGUAUUUUAACAAAAGCAGAGCAACUGCCACCAGUAAAAUGAAUUUGUCUCCCCAUUGAUUUUGUGUUGUCUGUCAGUCUGUCACAAAAGUUUGUCUGAACUUCCUUUUUGAAACUACUGCUGGGAUUACAACUAAACUUUGAAGACAUGAUACCAAGGCUAAUUUUGCAAAUGGACAAAAUUUUUGAUAGAUUGAUUUUUGUGCACCAUCAUUUCUAAACCAAUCAUAUUCCAGUUUGAAUACAGGUCAGAGCAGACAGUUGAGAUACAUAUGCCCUUGAAUGAUUAAAAGUGCCAUAUUUUACUGUUAACAGUCUCUUGCACCUUCUUUUCUCAAUGAAUCCAUAUCAUGUGUACAAUUUUAAAGUCAAUGCCAAGUUUGAGUACUGGUGUGGUCACACUAUUGCUUGAUGAGUUAUGUCCCCUGGAUUUAGUUAUGCUUUUAAUGCAGUGUAACUCUUGUAUAGUUAACAACACAUACAUAUACCAAACUUGGUAUGUGAAUUGAUGUUCAGGUAUGUUUUACAUAGGUUAGGUCUUUGUGAACUUGACCUUGAAUUAAGAGCAAUGGUAAUGGCACUCUGGUGAGUGAUAAAGGACCCCCAUGUCCCUCCUCUUUGUUUGCUUUUGUUGAUUAGUAUUGGGUUCAUGAAAUGUCCUCUUUACUUUUAAGCUUUUCUAUUUGCCGGAAGAAUUAAUUAGUGUCACAGACAUUGUACUGCUUUACAUGUACGUUUGUCAUUCCUCCAGUACAUGUCUUUGUGCUUUACCCAGAUAUUGCAUAGACAUCCUCUCAUUUAAAAUGAGCCGUGCCAUGAGAAAACCAACAUAGUGGGUUUGCGACCAGCAUGGAUCCAGACCAGCCUGCUCAUCCGCGCAGUCUGAUCAGGAUCCUUGCUGGUUGCUAACAGUUUCUCCAAUUCCAAUAGGCUUUAAAAGCGAACAGCAUGGAUCCUGACCAGACUGCGCGGAUGCGCAGGCUGGUCUGGAUCCAUGCUGGUCACUAAGCCACUACGUUGGUUUUCCCAUGGCGCGGCUCAAAUGAAACUGUAUCGGGAGACAUGAACUGGAUUCUUCUCUGCUUUAGUAUAUCAGUGAGUGGUGUAUCUUUGUAUCGCACUCCUAGGCUUGUCUCAUGUUGUACAGAACAUUUAUCAUACUGGCAGUGUAUUUAUCAUACAUAUUUUUUCAUGUUUGUAUACUCUGUAGCUAAUUUUUACAGUAAUUACCUCCCUUGGUUAAGGUUUCAGUAUGUAUGCAUGUAACAAAUCCUAUGCACAGUAAUUGUUGUGUCUGCUUAGAAUUGUCUGAUACCUUUAUAAAGCUUGCUAAUUUAUGAAGUUUUAGACUGCUUUAUUAAGUUAAUACAGGUAAUUUAUUGUUGUCUCUUUGUAUAGAUGGUCAGCUCAGUAGUGUUCGGAAUUUUGUUAUUUCAUGGUUAUUUUGAAAUAUAUCAUAAGAAAUUGUACACAUAUGUACAUGUAUUAUUAGGUUAUUUUGUGUAAAAUAUUGCUACUUUUUCAGCAAGCACCCAUUUGAUAAAACAUUUUGGAAGCGCUAGUAGGCAAGUCUAGUGUGUUUUCUAAAUGGGUACAAGUCCAAUAUAUACAGUAUUGUCGAGGACAGUGUUAAAUUAUCUUUUCAUUCUAUACAUAUUUUUCUCAGUUAAGAAAGGAAAACAAUCCAAUAGACACUUUAAAACAUCUACACAAACAUUGCACAAAUGUCUCCUGCAGAUACUGCCAUUGGUCUACAGCUUUUAUCAUUUACAUUGCCCUUAUCAUGCUGGACACGAUUGGUUCAGCCUUUGCGACCAGUGUAGAUCAUGAUCAGCCUGCAUGUCCAUGCAGUCUGAUCAUGAUCUGCACUGUUCACCAAUCAGUUUUUUUGGUAAAGCACCACUUUUAAUAGUUAAUAGUACUGUCUAAAUUUAAAGAUGGACAAAUUCAUUAUAGAAAUUUAGCAGGGUAAGGGUUAACAUUCAGAUUCUAAUCAGAUUUGUUGCUUCAUCCAGUAUGUUUUAUCCAGUAUGGAAAUAUAUUUGACAGUCACACGGUUCAGAUUUAAAUCAUUGAUUGGAAGAGAAAAGUAGGUAUAGAAUGAAAAAUAAUGAAUUAUUUGAAGAGAAGUAUCACUGUAUCAGUGAUACAUUACAUUUUUUUUGGCUGUUAAAAUUAGAGCUGUUAAAAUUAGAGCUGUCAGUGAUACAACCCUAUAAAUACAUAAACAGUUCCAUGAAAUAGUUAGAUAUCAGCAUUGCAUGCACCAGCAUCCAGAAUGUUUUAGUCCGUAGGAUUUUUGUUAGUCCAUAGGGAAGUAUUUUAAUUUGGAACCCGUGGCAAGUUAACAGUUGACAUUCUGUCCAAAUUGUAAGCAUAGAUCAUUUGAAAGAUACUAUAAAAAUUCUCCUUAUUUAGAUAUUAUUUUUUAUGCAAAUUCUUACAAAUUUUUUCUGAGGUGUUGUUUUUAGAUAAUGAUUGCUAAUUUUUGUGAAUAGUCAAUUUAGCAUCAUCUGGAUAUUAUUUUUCAAGACAUUUAUUAUAAUAUUGCCUUUGUAAAUCUGUUGAGGAUAGUUUGGGUUUAAAGAAGGUCUCCAUGCAUGUAACCCAACUGAAUUCUAGGGAUGCAUAUCAGUGUUGGUCAACAAAAAACACCCUAGUUCAAAUGAAUUGAGAGAUUAACCAGAAUUUGUACCAUCUGUUAUCUAAAUAAUAAUAAGAAACAAUGGUAGAGGUUGCGAGUGAAAUAAAGCAAUUGUGUAAUUCUGUUUUAUGCUUAUGUAAAACAUUCAGGUGUUGAUGUCAUUUUAUGUAUAGAAGAUGCUGGUUGAAUUGACUUUUAUCUAUUAUAGGCAAAGAAAUAAGAUAUUUGUGAGGUUUCAGCAAAAAGAGUUGAAGUAUUGCGUCUUUUUAUAUUAAUUUAUUAAACUUGUGUAUUGUAAUGAAUAUGAAAAAAAUGCUGGGCAGAGCAAGUUUGAUAAAUUCUGUGUGAAAAGACACUCAUGUAACAUCCUCUUUGUAAUGUAUAAAGGUUUCUUAUUACAAGAUAUAUUGUCGCUUCUAUUUUUGUACAUAACAGUUUUAGGCCUUCCUGCAGCUUCAUAUUAAUAUGAUCUGACAUAUUGUUACUUGUUGCACAUAAAGUUCAAAUUUCAGUCCCAUUGCCUUUCAAUACAGUAAACUCAGACUUUGUGUAUACAUUUGUUUUUAUCCCUGAAGAUGGGCAUAUUAAAAUAACACUGUCCAUGCAUGUUUCCUUGUAAAUUCUUGUCCGGGCUUUAACUCUGCAAUCCAUAAAGAGAAUUUUAAAUAACUUGGCAUAAAUGUUCACCAUAAUGAGAUGACAGGUCAUGCACAAGACCCCAACCCCUAGCUCUGAUGUUCAGGUCACAUUUAGAGGUCAAAGGUUAAAAGUGUCUGUUUCCUGUAUGGUCCAUAACUGCCAGCCAUGAAGGGAUUUAGAAAUAAAUUGGCAUAAAUGUUUACCAUAAUGAGAAGAUGUGUCCUGUGCAAGACCCAGACCCCUAGCUCUAAGGUCAAGGUCAUACUUAGAAGUCAAAUGUUAACAGGGUCUGUUUCGUGUCCGGCUCAUAACUCUGUCAUUCAUCAAUGAAUUUUGAAAUUACUUGGCAUAAAUGUUCCCCAUAAUGAGACAACAUGCCGUGCGGAAGAUCCAGACCCCUAGCUGUAAUGUCAAGGUCACACUUAGAGGUUAAAGGUUAACAUAGUCUGUUUCUUGACCGGUCCAUAACUCUGCCAUCGAUGAAGGGAUUUUAAAAAUUAGUAGGUAUAAAUGUUCCCUAUCUUGAGGUGACAUGUCAUGCACAAGACCCAGACCCCUA